AUGGUACCUUACAACAUCGUCCGGAGUAGGAGCCCGGUGGCUCCGAUGCAGUGCGCGCUUGUCGCCGACGAAGUACGUAGCUCCCGCGAAGCUUAACAACACCUGCACAUUGCCAUCCAUCUUGUAGGCAAUCGGUAGAGAGCAGCUGCUGGACGAUGCGACCGACCCCUUCCGGAGCCUCGCGAGAGGGAGAGGUACAGGUCAGAUCCUCAACUCCCUACUCGAGCAUGUCGCCGAGACUGAUCCUGCGCCCAUUAUCAACAUCCUCAAGCCUUACUGGGUCCGGAAGAAAAUGAAGAACGAGUUUCAAGUCGCCAACUUUCGGGGUUUUGAGCAAGUGCCAGAGCUCACUUAG